GACGCUGCUAACUGCGUUGCUGCAGACGCUGCUGCAAUGGAUGGCAGCGAUGAGUGCAGUCAUAAGUGCAGUAGUUGUGAGACCAGUAUGACUCAUUGAUAAGUGGUAACGAAGCGUGCGAGGGAGCUAUAUAACCCAUAGGAGAAGGGUGAUGAGACAGCAAACAAGUGUGCGAUCCGUACGAAGUGUGGUGCUGCUUGAACCGUCGGUCUCGAGAGUGAAGAGGAGUGGUGGAAUUCGUUGCUGCUAAAGUGUUUACGCAUCAGCGAGUGUCAAAUAUUGCGAUUAAGAAUGGAGUUUCCGGAGCUGGGCAACAAUUGCUCCAAGAGCAGCUGCAAGAUGCUAGAUUUUCUGCCAGUGAAGUGCGAUGCCUGCAGGCAAAUUUUUUGCAAGGAUCACUUCCAGUACCAAAAUCAUGGCUGCACCGAAGCCCUUAGCAAAGAUUGCCAGGUGCCCGUGUGCCCACUCUGUAACAACCCAGUCCCAAGCAAGCGAGGUGACCUACCUGAUGUAGCUGUUAGCAGCCAUAUUGACCGAGACUGCCAGUCUGAUCCGGCUCAAGCAAAACGCAAGGCUUACGUCAAUCGUUGCUCUCUGAAGGGUUGCAAGCAGAAAGAACUGAUUCCCCUGAAGUGCACAUAUUGUAGCCUCAACCAUUGUCUCAAGCACAGGUUUCCAGAUGACCAUAACUGCGCAGGAAAAGGAAUGACCCCCUCGGGUGCUGCCGCCGUGGCCAGGCUUCAGCAGAAGGCCUCCAGCCCUGCACUCAAGCGAGUGGCCACAGCGUCGGCGUGCGGAACUGAAAGCCAGCGUGCCAGUGUGUCUCACCUGCAGACUGAAGAUGAAGCCUUGGCAUGGGCUCUGCAGCAGUCUCUCUACGAAGCUGAACUUCAGGGCCACAGCCCCGAUCAACAUGGGCAGAGGAAAAGGACCUCGUCAAGGCAAAAGUCCGAGAAGAGCUGCUUUGUCUCCUAGUCGACAAGCACAUGUUUCCUCAACACGCAGCGUGGCCACCGCUGCGCAAUCCGUCCAGUGGCCUCAAUAUUCCGCACUUGUUGGGCUCUGAAAAAGUUGUGUGCCUUUCACCAUCAUUAUUUUGUUGUCGCUGUUUUUUUCCCCAGCGCGAUUGCUGAACAUUCCCACGUAUCUCGCUUUAUUAACGUCGUACUUGAAUGAUAAUUUUGAGAGCGUCCUGGCAGUGCUGUCAAGGUUGGGAAGACCGCCAAGAAAGUUGUGUUACAAGAGUGAAAUGGUUGAAUAGUUUGGACUUCAUUAUUGCACAUCUGGGGCCACUCAAGUUGCUAUAGCAGAAAACCUUUCAAGUGCAGCCGAACUGCCCCAAAGUUUCAAAUAUGAUAUGGCUAAGUUAACACACUCGGAGAGCCAUCUUCGUUUUUAAGUCUUUAUUAUUGAAAUAAAAAGCUUGAAUGUAUCUUCCA